GCCCAGACACAGAAGAAGGAAGAUGUGACCUGCCCAGCUGAAAAAGAUUUCUGGGAAAUGUAGUCCUUACGUCUGUGACGUCACAAGGAGCCGUCCAGGAAAUCCCAUUCCUGCUUUGGUCUCCACGCGUGUCUCUUCCUGAAAGUUGGGCGAGAGUCUGCCUGCUGCACAUUCCUGUUGCGUCUCUGACAUGGAGGUUGGUCCAGAGUACAGGACAGCCUGAGGCACUGUGCGCGGUGCGGGGCCGUCUUGGAGGGAACUGACCUGGACUGGCUGAAGAAGCUCAGGGAGAAGCUGCCUUGGAGGUGUUGUGCUCAACUGGCUGGGACGCCUGAGGUUGCAGGUCAGGGCUGGGGUGAGGGCGACAGGGACUGUGCCCUGAGUGAUGGUUUCCUUAGGACCCCACGUGCAGCCCGAGUCCGCCUUGGACUUCUGGGACAGGAGAGCUGCGCGGAGUAGAUGACAGUGCAAGGUCCAGGGUUGCAAGCUAAGGUUGGUCAGCUGACUGCCGGCUCCUGAGGGGGAGCUGGGAGCUCACUGAGCAACUUUGAUGGGGAAGCAUGCUUUUCUAGCUGACCCAUACUCGUAUGAAUGCUGUGAGAUUUCUCACUAUCUUCAAAGCAAACGUAGUUUCUAGCUCUUUGCUUUGUAGCCGGCCAAAUGUAACGUACUUGACGUUCAUGAAAAGUUUCUGUUCCCCGAUAUGCCUCUCUGCUGAUGAAAUGAUCCGAAUAAGACCAAAUCAAACCGAAUUUGAAUUUGGGUUGAUGGAUAGCAACGUUCCAUAAUGGCUUUUCAGCCCUCCAAGAGGAGAUAGGAAAGGGUGACCAGAAAACCACGUGUUUUCUGGGUGCUGUUUACUUUGUGGGAGUGGUAUUUAGCAUCAAACAUUUCAUACUCUGCCUAUAUGGAUGCCAGGUGCUGGGGUGAAGCCUUUACCCAAACAUUUCAGAUUCUUUGGAUAUAUGGGUACCAGGGGCUGAUGUGAAGCUUCCACCCAAACAUCCUAGACUCUUUGGGUUUAGGGGCGCCUACUCAAGUCUGUCUACUUCCUGUGGGCAUGGCACUACAUAGAGGAAAGGGAGUCGGGAAUUGGUGGGCUCACACUCAGUGAAAGGUGUGCCUGUAGGGGCAUCCAGUUCACUGCCAUCCUGGAGACCUCGGGCAUCUGUUCCUUAAGAGAGACAAGAAGGCAGAUUGCUGGGAGAACAAAUAGGUUGUUAUUAUCGGCCCUGGCCAGCCACGGGAAGGCUGAUUAACUGCCAGAAGGAGUGGGCUGGAGAAGCUGACUCCAGGCGGCACAUUGAGCUCUGGGUUCCCUUAAAGCCUUGAAAGGUCCCCCAUCCCUAAUGUAGGGCGGACUAACUGUGAAAACGACAGGAUGUCUGCUUGGCCCACAAUGAUUGUGUCAACGUCUUGAUGUGGCCUUGAGCUUGUUGAGCUGGUCCAGAAGCAGGGUCCCUAGGAACAGGUGAAAAGCUCUCAUGGCCUUGUGUUACAGUGCCAGGCUUUUGUGUCAGGUCAGCAGGUGAGGAGAACUCCCAGACCUGUGUGUAUUCCUGUGAUUUUAGUAACCAGACCUGUGAUAGAAAAGAAACGUCAGUCUCCUCUGAGGCACAUCCCUGUCAUCUCAGCAUUUGUGAGGGUGUAAUUCCAGGCCAGCAUAUGCUACCCAUGGCUAUGACAGGCAAGAUUUCAACUUUAAUGAUGUGAUAAAUACUUUAUGGUGCUUUUACAGUGAGCACCUUGAUAAAUGUAUGCAGUCAACACUUUUUGAUUUACAAACUAUGUGUUCUUAACCUUUGCUGACUGAGCCCACAUGUAAUUUAAACUUUGUCUCUAACAUGUUCUUGUUAAAGACUUUAAUUUUGGCUGUUGCAUACUUAUUUGCAUUUACUCUGUGAGGAAGAAUUCUCUUUGCCUCGUUUGAAUAGUUCUGCCUAUAUUCAGCAAAUGUUCGUACAUUUUGGAAAUUAAUCUUUAUUAAUUACGGUCAUGACCUGAUGAGACUUUCUUCUGGUUUCUUCCAGUUUGUUCCUUUCAUAUCUAAUCUGAAACUCCAUUAUUUCUUUAUUUUUAUUCUACACUUCUUGACUGAUGCGGCUGCUGUGAUUACAUUCCUGGGUCUUUGUCUGCAGCUGCAGCUGGGAUGCCUUCCCCUGUCCUAACAGCAGAGGCUGCACUGUGAGCAGAUGCUUCUUACAGUGAGCCAGAACAAAACCACUCCCUGCACUGUCCUUCCCGUGGGGCACUGCAGAGCCAACCAGUAAAGCAGACUGCUAAUGGUGGGUCCUGCUCUUCCACAGGUCCAGUCCAGUUCCCCUUGUUGGCAGCCCUGUGUCUUUCCUCCCAGGCUUCUUUCACUGUAUUCUAAUGUUAGCAUGAGGGAAGGAGUUACUUGUGUUUACAGCUCAUGUAUGACCCGUGCUGUGUUAGACAUGUCAUCUCUGGAAAACUCUGGAGCGGAGGUGCUGGGGGAUGACAUUCAUUCAGUUUCUGUUGGUCGAUCUAUAUGAUUCUGCCAGAGGCCAUGGAGAGAUACUGCAAAUGAUUUAAACAGGGUCAAACACAUGCAAGUAAUAACCCUAAGCAGCACCAAUUUUCAUUGUGUUGUCAAUUCAGUUUAUAAAAGUGUCUUUCGUGGUGUCCUCCAUAGUCCUUAUCAAAUGCAGCAACGUAUUUUGAGAUGAAAGGUGCAUGUGGUUGCAUGGCCACCUCUUCAAUAUCUGCAUUCUGUUGUUCUUUCUAUUGCAAUCUCUAUGUGAAAUAAAGUCAAGUCUAUGAGAAUGCAUGGCCCUAAUCUGUAUCGAAUAUACUCCACACAGUGUUGCAUUAAGAAGACUCAGAAACAAUGUAUGGUCUAUUAAAAUCUAAAAGUACACCAAGACAGCCCACACACAUUAAAAAACACUCAAACCUGUGUAGAAGUUUUUCCGUCUGGACCUCUUCUUACUCUAUAUGUGUUAAGCUGUUUUGUUUGGAUAAGCGUGAUCUAAGUCUGCCAUCAGCACGUGGGUGAGUUCACCGUAGACAUGGUCUCUUCUCAAAAUGGCCAUAGCUAGUUUCAAGUUGAUAGGGAAAUGCUCUCCUUCUGGGAUGUGGCCAUUGAUUUCUCUCCAGAAGAGAGGGAAUGCCUGGAGCCUGCUCAGUGGAGUCUGUACAGGGAUGUGAUGUUGGAGAAUUACAGCCACCUUGAAUUCCUGGGUCUUGGUGUGCCUAAGCCACACCUAGUGACAUUUCUGGAGCAAAGACCAGAGCCUUCAGAUGGGAAGAGAAAAGCAGCAGCCAGCGUGCACCCAGCAACAAAACCUAAUGAUCACAGCAGUUACAACAAGGCCAUUGAUUGUAACUCACUACGGAUUCAACGUCAGAGAAUUCAUACAAGGGAGAAACCCUACAAGUGUGAAAAAUGUGGUAAGGGCCUUAGUUCUUAUAAAACACUUUCUAUACAUCAGAGACUUCACACUGGAGAAAAACCCUACGCAUGUGAAGAAUGUCACAAGGCCUUCAAUACUCGCUCAUCCCUUUUUAUACACCAGAAAAAUCAUACUGAUGAAAAAUCCUACAAGUGUGAAGACUGUGGCAGGUCAUUUUAUUAUUCUUCAAUGCUGAAGCAACAUCAAAGAAUUCAUUUGAGAGAUAGCCAACACAAGUGCAAAGAAUGUGGCAGGUAUUUUUUCUCAUUGUCAUGCCUUAGACAACAUCAAGCAAGAUAUACUAGAAAGAAAUCAUACAAGUGUGAAAAGUGUGGCAAAUGUUUUUACUCCCCUUCAUCCCUUCGGCAACAUCAAGCAAUUCAUUCUGAAGACAGUCCCUACAAGUGUGCAGAGUGUGGCAAAACUUUUUCCAGUUUUAAAUUACUACGAAAACAUCAGACAGUUCAUACUGGAAAGAAAUCAUACAAGUGUGAGAAGUGUGCCAAAUGUUUUUACUUCUCUUCAUCCCUUCGGCGACAUAAAGCAAUUCAUUCUGAGGAUAAUCCCUACAAGUGUGCAGAGUGUGGCAAAACUCUUUCCAGUUUUAAAUUUCUUCAAGAACAUCAGACGAUUCAUACUGGAAAGAAAUCUUACAAGUGUGAAGAGUGUGGCAAAUGUUUUUAUUUAUCCUCAUCCCUUCGGCGACAUCAAACACUUCAUUCUGAAGACAGUCCCUACAAGUGUGCAGAGUGUGGCAAAACCUUCUCCAGUUUUACAUACUUUCAAGAUCAUCAGACAAUUCAUACUGGAGAGAAACCAUACAUGUGUGAAGAGUGUGGCAGAUGUUUCCACUUAUCUUCCUCCCUUCGGCGACAUCAAACAAUUCACUGUGAAGACAAUCCCUACAAGUGUGAGGACUGUGGUAGAAGGUUUAAAUCUUCUUUAUCCCUUAAACAACAUCAAACCAUCUAUUCAGCAGACAGUCCUUCUACCCGUGUACAUUGUGGCCAAUGGUUUUCCUAUUCUGGGGAUCUUCAGGAUCACCAAACAGUUCAUAUUGGAGAGAAACCCUUCAAGUGUGGAGAAUGUCACAAGGCCUUUCAAUGUCCCUUAUCCCUUAGUAGACACAAGAGAGUUCAUACUGGAGAGAAACCCUACAAGUGUGAAGAAUGUCACCAAGCCUUUCUUUGUCUCUCAUCCCUUAGUAGACAUAAGAGAGUUCAUACUGGAGAGAAUCCCUACAAGUGUGAAGAAUGUCACAAAGCCUUUCGUUACCAGUCAUCCCUUAAGACACACAAGAGAGUUCAUACUGGAGAGAAACCCUACAAGUGUGAAAUAUGUCACAGAGCCUUUAAUUGUCCCUCAGCUUUUAGGACACACAAGAGAGUUCACACUGGAGAGAAACCCUACAAGUGUGAAGAAUGUGGCAGGUGUUUUUCCUCAUCUUCAAACCUUAGACGACAUAAAAAAGGAAAAAUUCAUUCUGAAGAGACCCCAUAAAAUUGUGGGGAAUGUGGUAAUUUUUAACAUCCUUUUUCAACAUAUGAUAUAUUUAAUGCCAGAGAGAAAUCCAACAAAUGUCUUUAAAAGUUUUCUUCCUCAAACUUUAAAACACAUCAUAUGAUUCAUUCUGAUUGCAAAUGUCAUGUGUGAUGUGGGAUUCCCCUCUGUAUGCUGUGAAUAUGUUUUAUUACCAUUGGUUAAUAAAGAAGCUGCAUCAGCCAAUAGCUCUGCAGAGUAAAGUCA